AAGCAUAAUUAAUGAGACGAAUCAAUUAUGUCCCACAUGUUUUUCGAAUAAAGUGUACGAUUUCACGACGUCAAAGAUCGUGGACACGGUCGCUGCCAUCGUGGAGCACCAUCGUGUUCACGGCAUGACCCCACGAUCGUGCCAUCGUGAGCACGAUGGACACGAUCGUGGGCACGAUCGUGGUCCACGAUGGCAAGGGACCCAUGCCACUCACGAGUGCAAUAGUGUAUAAUUUUUUGGAAUGACAACUCGAAAGUCACGGGUGCAAUUGUAUAUAACUCAUUCUCGUACUCUAUUUAAGGGAUGAGGGGAUGAGGAGGUCUCAUAUCACAAAGCAUUUUGAGUUAAUUUCAUAACUUCGUUUUGUUACAAAAUGAAUUAUCUCAAUACCAUAGAUUUCCUUCAACGUGAGAUGUGGUACCCCGCCGAUAGGGGUGAUUACAAGUGGACGGCUCAAAUAGAGUACAAAUUUCUCACAAGGCUAUUGAAGAUGGUCGAUUGCGGACAGUGGGAUGGCAAUCCCGAACAUCUGCAAGAUGGUCGACAACGCAGACUUUGUGAAGGUAUGAACUGUGAAUUUGAUAUACAUCACCAGCUUAAUUUUUACCAGGCUAAGAUAAACCAGUUGAGGGACCGAUUUUUCAAAUUUGGAAACCUCCUUGAGGAUCCCAGUGUGAAAUGGGAUCCCAUGCAUAACACAAUGGAAAUCAGCGUCGAACAGUUGCAGGCGUAUAGUGCGGCUGAUAGAGGCUAUCUUGCGUACCAGUGGCACGGAGAACCGAUGUUUUUCUUGCUCCGUGGAAUUUUUUAUAUUGAAGAGGAUGAUUAAAUUAUUUUAGAAUUGUUGGUAGGAUUGGA